UUUUCACUUCUUUCCCCUUCCCCAAACCAAAAAUGUUGGCGGCUCGCCGUCUCUCCGCCUCCCCUCUCCUACGCCGCCGCCGCCUCUCCGCCCAGCCCCAGCCCACGACUCCACCUCCGGAGGCGGCCGAGUCGGGCGCGGCCGCGUGGGUCCGUCGCGGGGCUGCGCUCUCGCUGCUGGGGCUGACCGGCGCCGUCGCUGCCAGCGCCGUCAGCGACCUCUCUGUCUUCCUCUCCUGCUCCAGCCAGGCAAUAGAGAAGGCCACACAGAACCAGCAGAUAGUGGAUGCAAUUGGCAAGCCGAUCGUGCGGGGCCCCUGGUACAGCGCUUCCAUUGCUGUGAAUCACGCGAGGCAUUCUGUCUCCUGCACAUUCCCGGUGUCGGGUUCCCAAGGAAAUGGGCUUCUGAAGUUCAAGGCUGUGCGCCUGGGAGAUGAAUCUUGGUUUUCAUUUCUACAGCGCAGUGACUGGGAGAUACUUCUCAUGGAUGCUAUCCUUGAUAUUCCUACUGAAGAUGGGAAACACCGGACAAUGAGGGUAACAAUUCCAGACAACACCCCUGCUCCACCGCCAGUCGACUGCACGGCGUGCAAGUCCCAACCAACGCCAGCUCCAGCUCCAACACCUCCAGAGAAAUGAGUUCACUCGGGAAUGGUUUUUCGUCUGAAGUUGGCUACCCAUUGAUUCUUCUUUCCACACUCCUCGUCGAACCUAGGAAGAAAUAAGUUUUAUAUUUCGGACAAAUAAGGCUGCCAAUCUUAAGAAAUACAGCAAAAAUUCUUUCCUGGUCUUACAAUUGAGAUACAGCGUCUAGAUUAGGUUAGAUGAAUUUUUCAUCGGGCCGGCAAUACUCUGAACUCUGAAGGUCGGUCUAUUCAGUGUCAAAACAGCUAAGAUGAGCUACUAAAAAUACGUCAUUGACAGAAAACUUUUAGGCUCAUAUGAUACAAUAAUCUAUGGGGAGCUAAUUUGCAACUCAUGCUGAUUAGGAUACAUGUUAUGUUUUCGUUUGAGUUGUGCUUUCUUGGAGGGUCAUGCAUGCCUGGACAUAUGUAAAUCUGCCUGGAGGGCAUAUGCUCUAGGAUUUAUGUGAAAUAAUCGAAACCACUUUCCUUGA